AUGAGACACAAAUUGGAUGAGCAAUUUGGGAGAUAUAUUGAUAUUCUCAAACAACUUCACCUUUCUCUACCUUUCACUGAUGUGAUCAACCAAAUGCCUAAUUAUGCCAAAUUCCUCAAAGACAUUUUGAGCGGAAAGAGGACUUGGGAUGUUGUGGAGACAAUCAAUUUGAAUGAAAAUUUUAGUGCGAUCAUUAUCAACAAAAUGCCACCCGAGUUGAAAGACCCCAGAAACGUUUCCAUCCCUUGUGCUAUUAACAAGAUGCAAUUUGAUAAUGCCUUAUGUGACUUAGGAGCUAGUGUAAGCUUAAUUCCAUAUUCGGUUUAUCAAAGACUUGAUCUAGGGGAACUCUUACUUUCUAACAUUACCUUGCAAUUAGCCGAUAGGUCAAUCAAGUUUCCAAAAGAAAUGGAUGAAGAUGCUACCAUUCCAAUUAUUCUAGGUAGACCCUUUCUUGCUACCUCGGGUGCUAUGAUAGAUGUAAAGUAUGCAAAGAUUUCCCUUAAGAUAGGAGAUGAGGUCAUAGAAUUCGAUUUGAAUGAAAGCAUAAAAUAUCCAAGUUCUUUUCUUGAAAAUUGCAAGAUGAUUGACUCUCGUAAUCAUGUUGUGUCUUCCAUGCAUGAGCACCUCUAA